UUUUACCCUCAUCUGGACUUUGGUUUGGGUCCGGCGUCGGUGACGUUCUUGUUCUUGUAAAGCCCUUUUGGGCCGAAACUGGUCUGAUUGGGCCGGUUUGUGUUCUGGGUAUAGAUAUUAAUUGGAUGGGAGAGAAAUUUGAGAACAGAUCCAAGGUCGUCCCUUCGGAGCUGCAGAAGGGUUUUGUAGUCGAGAAGGGGCCAUGGCGGAGGAGAAGAAGAAGGCGGAGAGAGACGAACUCGCGGAAUCUCUUGAGAAUCUAUUCAUCAACGUCUCCACCAUGAUCAAAGGCGAGCUCGAGGGAACUAAUAAUCAACUAUCGCUUCUGGAGAAGAUGAACCAAAGGGUGGCAGAGGAAUACAAUGGUUUCAGUGACGUUGCAUCUGGACUAAGAGUCUUUGUGGAGCAACUUAGUGAGAAAAAUCAGGGCUUUGAUGAGUAUGUGAAACAAAUUGAUGUGAUAGACCAGCAAGUUACUGAAUUUGAAGCUGUUGUCUCGAUGCUUGAUAAAUAUGUCUGUCUAUUGGAAAAAAAAAUACAAUCUGCAUACCGUAACAUACCCACUUAAUAUUUCUUGUUGAUAAAUUUGGGUGAUUUUUUGUUCUUUCAAACCAAUCUCAUAAGUAAAAGAGCUGAUUGGUAGCUGCCAAUCUUUUGUCAUUGAUUC